GUCAUGAAUUAGCCCCGUGCUGGAGGGCCCUACUUUCUAAGAUGUCUUACAUUGGAAUUGUGAAGAAACAUAUUCUUUUUACCCUGGGUAACUUUGGAUAAUUCAUUUUUCCCUCCUGCUGCCUGUUUUCCCUGGCUUUUGUUCAUUGACAGUGGUGCACAUGAGUCUCUGAGAAGCAAGCUUUCCAGGUCUCGGGUGAUGCCCCAAGAGGUCUUGUUCAGAGCAGAAAGCAUGUCACAGAACUUGGAAACACAUGUUAAUAAUCAUGAGAGUUUCUUGGCUAGCUGAAAUCUACUGGCAAGUCGAACCCUGGCCUGCCUUUGCCUCUGAAGUGAGUUGUACAAAACCCUGAGAAAAGGGGUUCUCACUGGCCUGAAGCAUCCAGAAGGUGAAGUGAGCCUUCCGUUAUGCAUGUGCAAUGGGUCUUAGCAGCCCCAAAUAGAUAGGAUGCCAAGAAAGCACAAGUUUCUUUUUAAAGGGGCUUAUUAGCCAAGUGGAAAUAAAUUCCUAGGUAAUUGUGACACCUGUGACUUUGGUUUAGUAGUGAAUUACGUAUAUUUAUAAGCUAUUUAUAAUUAUGUGUUAUUAAUUUGUGGGGCUAUUUGGAUACGGAGGAGGUGAAACUGGAAGUUGAUGGUUGUCUCUUAAGCAGGCAUGAUUUACUCCGUUCUGCCAGCAGAGGGCGCCCUCCUUAAACUAAUAAAGAGCAGAAAGCUUCUGCUCACACUUGGAGUUAAUGUCCUUAAUAGAGCCUCCGUGGUAGGGGAUUGUACAUAUAGUGAGGAGUUUGUUUGAAACAACCUGUCCAUGGCUAUUCGGGACCUUUUCUGGUAUAUACUGUUUAACGGUAGAUACUUUUGUUCUGAGACAAAAUAGACUGUCAGAUUUACAGUUUAAUCGUCGCACAGACAGGUAUUUGUAAGAAGCCAAUGUCUGAUGUUUCUUCCAGAGAAACUCUUUUGAGAUCAGGGCAAUGCAUGAAAAUAAGAAGGACCUUUGUUUUUCUUAAGCUAAAAGAAGAAAACAAGAAAGCCAGAGUUUUGUUAUAGGUGUGAGGGUUUGUUUUUGCUUUUUGGUUUUUAGUUUUUCUUCAGAGUGGCCUAAAAGAAAGUAAAUUCAGCUUGUUAGUUUCGACUUUCCAUGACCAAGGAAAGCCAAGACUAGGGGCAGUGGGCUGAGAAUGGAAUUUAGGACCAAAAGUUUUUGGGGGCUUUGUGAUUUUUUUUCCGUUAAUGGUUCAAAAGAAGUGGGGGCUUCUGGGCAGAUGCCAUGGGGACGUUUCCUAGGAAAAGACUUGAUUUCUGUCCACCCAGCAACCCUAAACCCAGUUAGCUGCAACUUUCUCAAAUUACAGACUAGAAUCCCAGAGAAGGGAAAGCGCGUCCUUCUCUGUCCCUUUGUCACACCCAGCCAGCACUUAACCCAGUGCAGACACACCAGUUAACCCAGUGCAGACACACCUCUUAGAUACUCCAGAUUAGAAAGUCCUAGGGCUAUUUGAAGGUGAGCUGAAGUUGACUCCUUAAAGAUCUGGGCUUGCUUGAAGGAUGCCCUCCCGGGGCUGCUAGCCUGCGUGUGAUGCGCUAUGUGAAGGGCUUUCCUGUUAACACCUGCGGGGCUGACUGUGCCAGUGCGUGGGAGGAGGAGGACACGAGAGAGAGGCACCCUGUCCUGAGCUGUUCCGAGAGGUUCAGGCCUUCACAAACGCGGCUUUGAUUCUAUUUUUUGAUGAACUAGGUGGAUUACUUCCUGUGCUGCUUCACUGCGGCCCACUUGAGUCCCCGGAGCGGGGGCUGCCAGCGCGUUACAGGCACCAUGGCCACCAGGGAGGACUAUUUUCAGCACCCCCUUACAAUGCCCUUCUCAUUUCCCGGACGAAAAUGAGCAAGUUAGUCUUGCCUCGGCCACUUGUCAGCCUGAUGACAACUUUGACUUUGACUUGGGUGCCCCUCCCCCUCCCAAAAUCCCUAGCUCAGCAAAUAUUUGAACCUGCCCGAGUUAAUCAUGAAGCCUCGAUCUUUAUCUGAGCGAGACGUGCGAGCGCCCGCCGGGGCUCCUUUCUUCCCCGGUGCAGUAGCUCGACCCAGGGGGCUCUUCUCGCGGAGCCGGGGACUUGCUGCCGGGGCGGGGCGUGGGGCGGAGGGACCCGCUGCAGCCUAGCCCCGGGGAGCCGGCAGCCGGGCUGAGAGUCGCGCGCCCCCGCCUUGCGCGCUCUCCUCCAGCUAGGUUCUUUACUGCCGGUACCGGGCGGGCGGGAGAACCUCAGGGGCUGGGACCACUUGGUAGAAGAACAGCUUCUUUGAAUUUUUUUUUUUUUUUUUCUCUGUGGGAUACUGGCAGUUCAAAGCGAAACCGUUGAAAUGCAUAACCUGCAAACACUGCCCCCCAAACCACCCAAGCCCACUACUGUAGCCAACAACAGCAUGAACAACAAUAUGUCCUUGCAGGAUGCUGAAUGGUACUGGGGAGACAUCUCAAGGGAAGAAGUGAAUGAAAAACUCCGAGACACUGCUGAUGGGACCUUUUUGGUACGAGACGCAUCUACUAAAAUGCACGGCGAUUACACUCUUACACUAAGGAAAGGAGGAAAUAACAAAUUAAUCAAAAUCUUUCACCGUGAUGGAAAAUAUGGCUUCUCUGAUCCAUUAACCUUCAACUCUGUGGUUGAGUUAAUAAACCACUACCGGAAUGAGUCUUUAGCUCAGUACAACCCCAAGCUGGAUGUGAAGUUGCUCUACCCAGUGUCCAAAUACCAGCAGGAUCAAGUUGUCAAAGAAGAUAAUAUUGAAGCUGUAGGGAAAAAAUUACAUGAAUAUAAUACUCAAUUUCAAGAAAAAAGUCGGGAAUAUGAUAGAUUAUAUGAGGAGUACACCCGUACUUCCCAGGAAAUCCAAAUGAAAAGAACGGCUAUCGAAGCAUUUAAUGAAACCAUAAAAAUAUUUGAAGAACAAUGCCAAACCCAGGAGCGGUACAGCAAAGAAUACAUAGAGAAGUUUAAACGCGAAGGCAACGAGAAAGAAAUUCAAAGGAUUAUGCAUAACCAUGAUAAGCUGAAGUCGCGUAUCAGUGAGAUCAUUGACAGUAGGAGGAGGUUGGAAGAAGACUUGAAGAAGCAGGCAGCUGAGUACCGAGAGAUCGACAAACGCAUGAACAGUAUUAAGCCGGACCUCAUCCAGUUGAGAAAGACAAGAGACCAAUACUUGAUGUGGCUGACGCAGAAAGGUGUGCGGCAGAAGAAGCUGAACGAGUGGCUGGGGAAUGAAAAUACCGAAGAUCAAUACUCCCUGGUAGAAGAUGAUGAGGAUUUGCCCCACCAUGACGAGAAGACGUGGAAUGUCGGGAGCAGCAACCGAAACAAAGCGGAGAACCUAUUGCGAGGGAAGCGAGACGGCACUUUCCUUGUCCGGGAGAGCAGUAAGCAGGGCUGCUAUGCCUGCUCCGUAGUGGUAGACGGCGAAGUCAAGCAUUGCGUCAUUAACAAGACUGCCACCGGCUAUGGCUUUGCCGAGCCCUACAACCUGUACAGCUCCCUGAAGGAGCUGGUGCUACAUUAUCAACACACCUCCCUCGUGCAGCACAAUGACUCCCUCAAUGUCACACUAGCAUACCCAGUAUAUGCACAACAGAGGCGAUGAAGCGCUGCCCUCGGAUCCAGUUCCUCACCUUCAAGCCACCCAAGGCCUCUGAGAAGCAAAGGGCUCCUCUCCAGCCCGACCUGUGAACUGAGCUGCAGAAAUGAAGCCGGCUGUCUGCACAUGGGACUAGAGCUUUCUUGGACAAAAAGAAGUCGGGGAAGACACGCAGCCUCGGACUGUUGGAUGACCAGACGUUUCUAACCUUAUCCUCUUUCUUUCUUUCUUUCUUUCUUUCUUUCUUUCUUUCUUUCUUUCUUUCUUUCUUUCUUUCUUUCUUUCUUUCUAAUUUAAAGCCACAACACACAACCAACACACAGAGAGAAAGAAAUGCAAAAAUCUCUCCGUGCAGGGACAAAGAGGCCUUUAACCAUGGUGCUUGUUAACGCUUUCUGAAGCUUUACCAGCUACAAGUUGGGACUUUGGAGACCAGAAGGUAGACAGGGCCGAAGAGCCUGCGCCUGGGGCCGCUUGGUCCAGCCUGGUGUAGCCUGGGUGUCGCUGGGUGUGGUGAACCCAGACACAUCACACUGUGGAUUAUUUCCUUUUUAAAAGAGCGAAUGAUAUGUAUCAGAGAGCCGCGUCUGCUCACGCAGGACACUUUGAGAGAACAUUGAUGCAGUCUGUUCGGAGGAAAAAUGAAACACCAGAAAACGUUUUUGUUUAAACUUAUCAAGUCAGCAACCAACAACCCACCAACAGAAAAAAGAGUGUGGAGAAGGAGACUUACAGUGACAUUCAGUAUAUAAAAUAUGUACAUAAUAUUGGGUGACUAACUAUCAAAUAGAUGGAUUUGUAUCAAUACCAAAUAGCUUCUGUUUUGUUUUGCUGAAGGCUAUAAACGUGCAGCGCUAUGCAAUUCUUAAUUUUUAUUAUGUUGUUACCCGUUUCAAAUACACCUUUGGAAUAAGCUUCCCUUACCCCAGUUUUUGUUGCUUGAAAAUAUUGUCCCUGAUUUUUGUUAAUAUUUGUUUUUGUCAUUUUUACUUUUUUUUUUUAAAGAAGUGUACAGGAUGCCAGAAAGGAGAAUGGCUUAAGAAUUAAAACUAUGAAAUAUUUUACAGUUUUUCUUGUACAGAAUACUUGGCUGUUAGCCCAAGGUUAAAAAGUUCAUAACAGAUUUUUUUUUUUUUGGACUAAAUGUUGGGCAGGGCCCUGAUAAGCUUCAAAGCUGCUUUAUUCAAUAAAAAGAGAAAAAGAAAAUGAUAUAUGAUAUGACAAAGUAUUGCUGAGUCCAACAGUGUUAAGACUCUUGAAAUACGGUACCUGGCAAUGUUUGUUUCCUAAUGAAUUGUGAACUUCUUGAAUCUGGAGGGAGGGGGAGGCAGUCAUGGGUUGUAACAGGCGGGGUAAGGGGAGGGGGGGAAGUAAGGUGGUGUGCACUUUCUAGGGAUCCCAGAGAAGGGAGGAGCCAGGCUGUUUGUCUCCUGUCUUUCCCCAUCUGAGUUUGGUAGUCAUUAGCAAUUAACAGCAACUCCAGACCUAAUGUUGUAACUCCAUCCCAGCACAGUUGGCCAGCAUCUCCGUUGUCAUGAAGUGCUGAGUUUGUUCUGGGGUUCCUGGAAUGUGCCCUCUUUCGUUGUUGUAACACACUGGUCUCAAGGUUGAAUCCCUGCAUUUAGAAAAUGUGUUCUUUUCUCUUUGUAGCAUUGGACUAGUCACAGCAGUCAGCCAGUCACCAUUCAUUUUGGCUAAAUCAUGGUCUGAAAAAACAGCAUCUAGUUGGAUGCUUGAUAUUUUUCCAGCUCUCUGUUCAGAGUUCAGUUUAGAAUGGAAGGCAAGUAGACCCAAGUGGGUGGUCACUGUGCUUUGUGGAGAUUGUUAAGUGCAAACAUUUAACAGUUCGGACAGGUCUUCUCAUUAGCGUGAUUGUGCAUGUUGCAUACAUCACGGUGUGCAAAGGGAGCAGUUGGUGACAUCUUUAAUUCAGGACAAAAGUUCGAGUUUCCCACCCUAGUGUAUAUGUGUCAAAGCUGGUGAGUUCAUGGGGAAUUGCCAUGUGCUGUGAUGGGUAGAGGUUGAUGGUAGUCCCUGUCGCAGCCCAGGUAGAUUCAUGAGCCAUCAUCAGUUUCUCUUUCUCAAUAUCAGACACACCUGCAGCUUUAUAGCUCUUCCCUUAUUUGGGGGGGGGAAGGGGUCUUGUAAUGUUGCUCUUGUUUUGAUCUUGGAAUUUGCAGUCCAGUGUCUGGGUUAAUGGUCUGUAGAAUGUGUUUUUCUUCCUAUGAAGCCACUGCUCAUUUUCAAGAGCAAAAGUCAGUCAACCAGACUGUCAGCCCACAAACUUGACCCGACCACCUCCUGACUGCCAGGAAAUUGAUUCCCCGGGUUGACUCUGGGCUUUGCAACCUCCAGCGGUAGCAUUCCGCCACACCACAUACAACUGAAGAGUUAAUACUUAUUUGUAAGCUAGGUUUGUGGUUGGCUUCUGCUCUCUUCUUCCUUUCUCUCUUUCCUUUUUCUUUUUGUAGCACAUCAUGUAUGCUAUCAGAUACAAAUAACUUUAAUUUUUAAAAAGGAUCUGAGAUUGCUUCGUGACAAGUUCUGUUAAGUGGUUUUUUUUUGUUUUGUUUUGUUUUGUUUUGUUUUGUUUUGUUUUUUUCCUUCAACACUCUCUGCAAGAUAACUUGCAACUUAGGCAGUUGCCUGAAUUUCUCAUCUCACUGACGUGAGUACAAUAGAGCUUUCAUGUGUCAGAAGGCAGGAGUCAUUGAGUUAUAGCACACCUGUCCUACUGAAUGCCCUUUUGGUGACAGGUUAGCAUGCUCACCAACUCUGUCCUUGGAGAGGUUUGACCAUUAAGGUUCUGUGGAUUCCAUCCAAGCCAUCUUCUAGUAACACCGAGUGGCUCAUGAAUGCAGAUAGAUACAGCAUAGCUGGGAUGUGAGCAUGCCCACUCAGGUUUUCUCACCAACUGUCCCAUUCUAGAGACAGCCAGACACUAAGCUAGACUAUAGAAGUGGGAGGGUUGGGACCUUGUGUUCCACACCAGAGUGAUCAUAGCCAUGGGAUAAGGCAGCAAGCAUAUUUUGCAACAUUUGACAACUUCACAGCCCUGGAUAUAUGUAUAUAUGUAUAAUGUGCAUGGACUGUUUCCAAUACACCUUUCAGCCACGCAGAUCCACAGUCAAGUUCAAGUACAUAACAAGCAGAUGUCCAGUACAGGUCUUGUAUAUGUGUGUGUGUGUGUGUGUGUAUGUGUGUGUGUGUUCCUGUAUUUCUUUGCUAUUGCUUUGUUUUGUCUUAUAAAGUACAAUUUGUCCACAAGUGAAGUGAGAAGUCCGUCAUUUGAUACUUUCCUCUUUUUAGAAGCUCUUCCCUUUCAGGGAGCAGCCUGGAUGAUUUGCUUACCUGAUGGAUCCCUGUUCUCAGUGUUGUCAAGUCAGAGUGUGUUUCUGUGAGCUGUCAUUGUGGGGAACCAAUCGCUUUGUCGUAUAUCUGAUUAUGAACUAUAACUUGUUUGGGAAGUCCUACUGAUGUUCUUUAUUGGGAGAAAGUUCUUGCAGGUUUUCUCAACUGUGCUUUCGCAAUGCAUGGUAUCCAAGUCAGUUGGAAAGUGGGUUUUGUUGUCUGUUCGAAUUUAGGGUCAUUUAAGAAAGGGGCAGUUAAGAAGCACAAUGCCUCCCAUGGGACAACAUUCCAAAAUGCCAAAUUCUUCUCUUUCUUACAACAAUCUAUAAUUAUAUAAAAUAACUAGUACUGGGGGUAGGGAGAGGGUAGAAUUGGCUCCAUUGGAAAGACUCUCCUGCUUCAUACCGAGCUUGUCGCCAUGAGAUAGCAUUGGCUGCCCAGGAUGCUGCUAUUUAAGAAGAAAAAAAAAUCAAAACAAACAAAAAAGCCCUCAUUUAUAUGUGUGUAUUUUUUAAAGCUACACUCUGUUCAAUGUUUUUACAAAUCUGUUUAUAUGACAUUGAUAAACUAAAGUUGGUCUUUUGACGAGAGGGAGGAUGUCAUGGUCGGUUGUAAUUUUGCCUUUACAAGGUAACUGGGGUGGGAGGGGAGGGAGUGUGCCUCCUUGACAUUUUGUUCAAGAUAUAGAUUCAGUGAAGCUAUGUAUUGUUUUAAGUUGCUUAAUGCAUUGUAUUAGGUCCUCAAACAGAAUAAAGGUUGUUUUGAAACUUAAAA